AUGAAACGCAGCUCUGAUGAUGUCCAUCAUUUGAUGGACGAAAGCUCAGCACGUUCUCACCCGAAACGAGGUAGCAAGUCUCGUGGACUGCGUCAGCAUGAAUAUUGUAGAGAAGGCAAACAGCUGCAGUACAACGCGAUUCAGCCAUCGUCUUCUGUGCAUUGCUUGGCAAUUCGACUACCGAAAGGAGACUACGAGCAUAGCAGAGGCGACACCAUCUUGGUCGUCAUAUCUUCAGUGACUUUGAUGAUUAUCAUCGAGCAACAGACAAACGGGGCAGGAGAAAGGGAAGGAGAAGCCGUCCAAACGUCACCUGGUGCCGGUGGUCGAGAUGGCUACGCUCCACUGAACCCACUCGUAGCGACCCGCUCUUGGGCGAAAUUGGGCGAAUCGAGAGCAGAGAAUUGUGUGAAUAAGAGGAUAGGCCAUAUGAAGUGGGGUUGA